AUGGCAGAUGACGAGCUAGCACAAAUCAGAGCUGCCCGCCUUGCUCAAUUGAAGCAGCAGGGCGGAGGGCGCAGCGGACAAACGGCCGAUGGAGGCAAUGAGGAUGAGCAAAGGAAACAAGAAUCCGAAGCACGGUCAUCCAUCCUCAAUCAGAUCCUCGAACCCGAAGCCCAGGACAGAUUGGGCAGAAUUCGCCUGGUCAAAGAGUCACGAGCCACUGAUGUCGAGAACAGACUCAUAACCCUUGCCCGAUCCGGUCAGCUGCGUCAGAAGGUCACCGAGGAUCAACUCAAAGACAUGCUUGCUAGCCUCUCUGAACAUGAGAAGCAGUCUGGCCAGACUCUAGAAAGCGUCAAGGUUGUGCGAAGAGGCGGUUGGGACGACGACGAUGAUCUUGAUGAUCUCCUAAAAGAUUCAUGA